GAAGAAUCCUUCCAUCAAUCUUGAGGAAUGAGCGACACAGCCCGUGGGCUAGAGAUUCCGGAGCCCCCCAAAAAGCGACCAAGGGUUUCUGGGACAAUUGACGACAUUGGUUUUCAAUCGACUGGUGGUUCUGAUUUGAAUAGUGUUCGGACAGAUGUUUACGACGAGUUGGAUGAGGCUAAGUUGGAAGAGACUCAAGAGCCCAAAGCUUCCGAUCUGUACCUAGACACCGUUAAUCGAGCUGUUCUCGACUUCGACUUCGAGAAGUUAUGCUCUGUCUCGUUAUCAAACAUCAAUAUCUACGGGUGUCUUGUCUGUGGGAAGUACUUUCAGGGUAGAGGGAAAAGUUCUUACGCAUAUGCCCAUUCCAUUCACGAUGACCACCACGUCUUCAUCAACUUGGACACUGAAAAGGUUUACGUGCUGCCUGAUGGAUAUCCUGUCUCAGACCCUUCAUUGGAUGACAUCUCGGCUGUUCUGAAUCCUGUCUUUACGGAGCAGCAAGUAGCGAACCUCUCUAGCCCGCGUCAGCUUUCCAAACCUUCGUACGACUUGUCCUCCAGGCCAUAUAUUCCUGGGCACAUCGGUCUCAACAAUAUCAAGGCGAAUGACUAUCUGAACGUCGUCAUCCAUUCGCUACUUCAUGUGCCUCCUUUACGCGAUUACCUCCUUCUGAUGAAAUUUUCGGGCAAGGAACCCGAGCUGUUCAAGCGUUUUUCAGGACUUGCGAAGAAACUAUGGAAUCCACGUCUGUUCAAGGCUCAAGUGAGCCCGCACGAGUUUCUACAGGAAGUUCGUCGGGCGUCGAACGGGAAGUUCAAAAUAACUGAGCAAGGGGACCCGGUUGAAUUUCUUGGAUGGCUAUUGAAUCAUCUGCAUCGCGACAUGGGGGGCACGAAGAAACGGAACUCUUCGAUCAUAUACUCGACGUUCCAGGGCGAAGUACGUAUUGACACGCAACAGGUCUUGGUGAAAGCGGACAUGGACAAUGAACGACCCUACUUCGAUAUUGAUCGCGAGAUCAAAUCUGCUCAUUCUCCCUUUCUUUUCCUUGCGCUUGAUCUGCCGCCACCGCCGAUAUUCCAGGAUGCCGUAGAGAAGAAUAUAUUGCCCCAGGUCACCUUGGCUCAAGUACUUGCCAAAUACGACGGGAAGACAACGCAUGAGUUCGCUGGCCAACUGAAGAGAUGGAGAUGCACACGCCUGCCUCAAUAUAUUAUACUGCACUACAAGCGUUUCACGAAGAACAAUUUCAUUGAGGAGAAGAACCCAACCAUAGUGAACUUCCCUGUGCGAGGGGCAGACUUCCGUGAUGGCCCCUCUGCUGGCCACACGACAGUGUAUGAUCUCAUCGCUAAUGUCGUUCACGAAUCCACCGCAGGCACUACGCGCGAUAAAGAGAACACAGUGUGGAAAGUCCAUUUGAGGGCUGGAAAGCUUGAAGCCUCUGAAGAGGACAAAUGGUAUACGAUACAAGAUCUCAUCAUCGAGGAAAUAGCGAAGGAGAUGUUGUUUUUAGGUGAAACAGUUCUCCAGAUCUGGGAACGUCGGUCGUAAGAUACAC